AUGGAUGAAGAGAGUCUGGAAGCAGCAAUUCAGACCUACAAUGCCCAGCUGCAGCAAGUGGAGCUGGCGCUGGGGGCAGGCCUGGACCCGUCCCAGCAGUCGGACUUGAUUCAGUUGCAGGAGGAUUUAAAGCAGCUGAUAGAACUGACUGAAUCCAGCCUGGUGUCUGUCAAAAAGAGCAAGCUUCUGGCUACUCUAGAUACAAACGCUGCCUCCUCCUCCACCCCAGUAGGUCUCCUGGAGCAGGGCACCAACCCAGACACGUCUGCCCAAGACCAGGAAUAUGCUGCUUUUAAAGAAGCCAUUGCUGAGCUUGGAACUGCUGAGAACCCUUCAGCUGAUAACAGCGAGAUGUCAUCAAAGAGGGAGGAGGAAAAUGAUGACAAAAAUGAGUCAAAGCACAGUGAAGAGGAGAAGGAGUCUGACAGAGAGGAAGAGGAGGAGUUGAGCGGGAUGAAGGUUAAAGCCCCCUACUACAGUUCUUGGGGGACCCUGGAGUACCACAAUGCCAUGAUUGUGGGAACAGAGGAGUUGGAAGACGGCAGUGCAGGGGUGCGAGUGCUCUACCUGUACCCGACUCACAAGUCCCUGAAGCCCUGUCCCUUCUUCCUGGAUGACAAGUGCAGAUUCAAAGAGAACUGUCGGUUUUCCCAUGGGCAGGUGGUGCCUGUGGAGGAGCUUCAGCCCUUCCAGGAGCCCAACCUGAGCACCCUGGAGGUGGGCUCAUCCUGCCUGGCGAAGCACAGCGAUGGGAUAUGGUACACAGCAAAGAUAACUGACAUCGACAGUGGUUACUACACGGUGAAGUUUGAUUCUCUGCUGCUCAAGGAAGCUGUUGUGGAAGGAGACAGUGUCAUUCCCCCGCUGCGAAGUGAAGAGGCUGCUGAGUCUGAUGAAGACAGUGUUGAUGAUUCUGGUUAUGCUAAAGUGAUAGAUUCAGGAGUUCCAGAGAAUGGGGAAUGGUCUCCUUCAUGCAGCUCCUCCUUCGGUGGCUGGGAAGCUCAUACUCGUGGUAUCGGCUCCAAACUGCUUGUUCAGAUGGGAUACGAGUUUGGAAAAGGGUUAGGGAAGAACUCCCAGGGCCGAGUGGAGCCAGUGCAGGCUGUGGUACUGCCUCGAGGGAAGUCCCUCGACCAGUGUGCUGAGGUGCUCCAGAGGAGGAAACAGGGGAAGCUGGAGCCAGGCAAAUCCAGGAAGUGCCAAGCAAAGGGAAGCAGCCGGAAGCCUUCCCACAAUGUGUUUGACUUUCUGAAUGAGAAGCUGCGAGGGAAGAGCUCUGGAGAGAAGGCUGGAGGGAUGGCACCCCCCAGGAGGAACAGCAAAGAGAUCUACCACGCCAGCAAGAGCACCAGGAAAGAACUGAGUGUCCGGCUGCUCCAGACAGUGGAGAAGAUCGAGCAAACGCAGCGGGAUAUCCUUGGAAUCCAGCAGGCCCUGGAACGCAACAUUGGGCGGCACAGCAUUGCUACAGCUCAGCUGAAGGAGAAGCUGGCUAAUGCCCACAAGCAGCUGGGGCAGCUGCAGGCCCAGGAAGCCAGCCUGCAGCAGGAGCAGAAGAAAGCAGACACACACAAGAAGAUGACCGAGUUCUAG